GGCGGGCCCCUUCGUGGCUUCGUCCUCCUCCGGUCGCCCCCCACCUUUGCGGCCCUCCAAAACCCUAGCAAAACCACUGCCGCCAAAUCCCCAUUCCCUCCACUCCGCUUCCCUCCCAAAUCUCGAACCCCAAAUCGAAGCUAUGAGCCUAUGACGCGCCAGUGCUCACCUACCCCACGUUGAUUGGAAGAACCGCUCCAAUUUUGAUUUUUGAAGUCGCCCUUCCAGUCCAAUCUCACCUAACCAAUUAUUCCUCCAAAAAAAAAAAAAUUCAAAAAAGUAUUCGCCCCCCGCUGGCACCCCGUCCGCACUACAAAUCCCGCCAGCAUGCGCUCCAUUUGCGCCAUGAGAUCCCUCCUCGCCGCUGCCGCUGCCGCCUCCGCCCCCACAGUCCUCCGCGCCGGCGCUUUCCCACUGCUGCCGCCGCUCCUCUCUCUACCUUUACGCCGGGGUCGUGCCGCCAGAAAUAUGCUGGGCGCGGCGAGGACGGUCUCUGCGGCGGCCCAGUCACGACUCGGCGGUGGUGCGGCGAUGGAUGUUCGGGCGGCCCAAUCCGGCGAGAUCCACGUUAUCGUCGGCCCCAUGUUCGCCGGCAAGACCACCGCGCUCCUCCGCCGGGUUCAGGCCGAGGCCGGCAGUGGAAGGACUGUGGUGCUCAUAAAGUCUGACAAAGAUAACCGCUAUGGAUUGGAUUCUGUUGUCACUCAUGACGGUACAAAGAUGGCGUGCUGGGCCUUAUCAGAGCUGUCAAGUUUCCAUGACAAAUUGGGAAUGGAGGCCUAUGAUAAGGUAGAUGUUAUAGGUAUUGAUGAAGCCCAGUUCUUUGACGAUCUUUAUGAUUUCUGCUGCAAAGCUGCAGACCGUGAUGGAAAAAUUGUAGUUGUUGCAGGGCUAGAUGGUGACUACAAAAGGAAAAAGUUCGGCUCAGUUCUGGAUGUUGUUCCCCUGGCUGACUCGGUCACCAAGCUAACAGCACGGUGUGAGCUGUGUGGUCGCCGGGCGUUCUUCACAUUGAGGAAGACACAGGAAACUAAGACCGAACUGAUUGGAGGAGCUGAUGUUUAUAUGCCCGUGUGUAGACAUCACUACUUGGAUGGGCAGGUUGUUAUUGAGGCCACAAGGGUUGUACUGGGCCUUGACCGAUCCACCGUGACGGCUCAAGCUCUGAAAUAGGGUCAAUACAUGAUACUCGGCAUCUGCGUGGAAGUAUGCGUUGUGUAACAAUUAAUCAUUAUAUCGGUUCACUCCCAUCUGUACUCUAUUUGGCAUCUGUCCAAAGUGUCAUAGUUGGUGAAAAGCUAAUGGCAUCGAGAUGCAAACAGUUGCGAGGGAUGCUCGAGGACUGUGUCCCACAAAACACAGUUGAGCAGAUUGUAAAUAUUAAGCAGUUUGGAUAAACAUUUCUCUCUUCUACUUCAAUAGACUGCAAUUGGAAUUGUGCCAA